AUGGAGCCAUCGGCGAAGGGCAACAGCAACGGAAACGGUGGGGAUGUUGGCGAAACGAGUGACCGCAGUGCGUCACCAGCCGCACCAGCGAGCUUGCGGCAGAACAAUGCAACCGGAAUGGGCACGUCGUCGACGGUCAGCAACGGGACGCCAUCGGUUCCCACCGUUGGCGAUGGCCUGAAAACCAGCUCCAACUGGGUGAAGUUCGAGGAGGAAGGAGAGCCAGCGACGUCACCCUCAACAUCACUACCGCCCCCACCCUCAACCGGUAAGCAUCACCCCGGGACAGGAAAUAUCCGCCAAUCAACCACAACAUCACCGGACACGGCGCCACCGGCCGUUCUGCCGACGGAAACGGUUCACGUGCACCUUGACACGCGAUCCCCGAGCACACCAAAGCAACCGCAGUCACAAACCCUACCCCAAUCUACCACAUCACCCGCCGCGUCCACCAGCAAGUCCAGCGGCAAGAUCGGCGGCCCAGCAUCGGGUAGCCAAGGCGCCCCCGUGACGAGUGGCCUUAGCAAAACGUCCCAACCGGCCGUGAUAGACAUUCCGAAGCAGUCGGUCAAUGUGGUGCAACCGAUACAGUCGAUGCGCACGAUCGAACUGUCCACUGGACGCGUGCGUGAAGGUUUCGCAAAUGGAGAUGUUAUUGUUACCCUGCUGCCGACGAACACCCGGUGGCCAUGGAUUACACCGGCCGUAUUCCGUCCAGAGCUCGUCCCGGAGGAAUUGAUGGCCCAAGGACUUACGCUGACAGUUGAAGAGUAUGUCCACGCGAUGGAAACAUUGGUCAACGACUACCGGUUCACGCUGUACAACAUCUGCUACAAGCGCGUCCUGGUCGUGUGGAUCCUGUUCGCGUUCUUCGUGCUGCUCGGACUGUUGUUCUCCGGAAUCUACGGCAUCACGCUGUUUUCGCUCGGAGUCGCCUGGCUCUUCCUGAACGCUGCCGCCAUCUUCCUGUGCAUGUGGGUCAAGCUGAAGUUGGCCCGGGGGCUCGAGCGAUGCAUGGCACGCGUUAACAAGCAGCUAAUCCGCCACAAGAUUCUGCUGGCGUUGGACGAUCGUGGGCACAUUUCGUGCCACAAGGUGAACCUCUGCUUCCUGUACUUUGAACCGUCGCAGUGCAUUAGCUAUUUGAACGAGUUUAUCGAGCGGAGCGAACAGAACGGUAACACGAUCGAACCGGGCUGGGAAGGACGGUUGGACGUGACGACGAACGAUAUCGUCAUACAAGGUGCGAACACGACGCGGCUGUCCAGGAAGCAGGGACGAGCGGAAGGCAUUUUCCUGCGGUAUCUGCAGCGCUGGGGCAAGGACUAUCUGCGCCGACGGCUGGACUGGACGAUCGAGGAAAACGCCAUCGUGUCCGCCCCUCGCCACCUGCCGACGGCCUACUGCCCGUGCCAGUACGCGGAAGAAGUGUUGCUGCAGAAGAAACCGAAGGAGGAUCCACGCUUGUGCUGCGCCACCCUGCGGCAGCUGAUGGCGCGCGUUGGCUUUCAGUUUUGA